GGCGCCAGGAGUCUGACCGCGACGAACAACACGUCAACACUUGCGCGCGGGCGGGCAGCGGAAGCCGGCAGCCGCGAAAGCAUCCUCUCCCAAAUCUUCCUCUCGUCCUCUUCGCGCACCCGAGAUCCUCCUCCUCCCCGCCUGCAGCGAUAGGGACCGAACCAAUAGAACCCCACGAAAUCCCGAGCUGAGGCGGCAGAGAACGCGUCGGCCAGGCUCGGAUCCCCCCUACAGAUCCGACCACCCCGCCCCGCCCUCGCCGGGGAUCUCGGAUCUCUCGCCGACCCGCCGGCGCGUUGCGGCCGGUGUGAUACCCCGUCUCCGCGGCGCGGCCGGAGUCGACGACGCGGUAACGACCUCGGUUCCCGCCGCGCUGCCAGGUUUGGCUCGUGCCCAUGGGCGCCCGCGGGCUCGCCGCGCUUGUCGUGCUCCUCCUCGCCGCGGCACUGCUCCCUAACCCUGCUUCGGGUUCGGAUAGGAGGAUUCUGGAAGGCGAGAAGCCCAGCUCCGGCGAGGACGCCCCUGCACCCACCGGUCCUGCAGGCGGAUCUCCAAAGGGCGAACCCCCGAAGGAAUCUGGGCACUCGUCGGCUGCGGGGCAGAAAAGCGAGAGCCACAGGCAUCAGAAUUUGCUGCCGCCGGCACCAUCACCACCAAAGGAUACCAAGGUACCUUCGGCAGAGAAGGGAAAGGAAGGGGGUGAGGCGCAGGCCUCUGCAUCACCGCCGCCGCCACCACCACCGGCAAAGGAGACUGAUUCACAUAAGGCCAGUCCUCCUCCAGGAGGUCCAGGAUCGAAUGGUGAAGGUGAAGUGAAUGGUGGGACGAACCCAGAGGACACAGGAAUUCAGGUGAAGGAGGAGGAGAUGAAUAAAAUGAAGGAGGUGAUGGAGAAGUGUGAUGCCUCACAUAAGUGCUCCUCCGGAAAGGAAUUCUCUGCUUGCCUGGUUUCUGAUAAUGCUUCAGUUGGGUCAUUUGCUAUUACUGUCCAGAAUGAAGGGCAGAAUGAGAUUAACGUUACUGUCAAAGAGCCGCCAAUUAUAGAUAUUGAUAAGAAGCCUCUACAUCUUGCCAAUGGUGCCUUUGGACAGAUCAGCAUAACAUAUAACAGUCCAGAUGGUUGGAAUAUUACUUUAGAUGGUGGAAAUGAGGACUGCUCUAUACAUGUCAGGCCGUCGGUAAAGAGGCAAUCGGUUUCUGAUUUGCAACAGCAGUUUCAAAUGUUUGCAGCCUAUGCAACACGUUUGAAUCCAAUAUAUGGAGCCUACAUUUUCGUGUUCACUGUUGUUUUGGUGGGCAUUGUGUGCGCCUGCUGUAAGUUUGCAAAGAGAAGAGGCAACGAUGGGGUCCCUUACCAGCAGCUUGAGAUGGGAGCUCAAGCACCAAACUCUGCAGUGGUGGACAACACGACAAGCACCACAGAUGGCUGGGAAGACGGCUGGGACGAUGACUGGGAUGAUGAAGAAGCACCUGCAAGACCAUCAGAUAAAAAACCUACUAGCAGUGUCUCAGCAAAUGGUCUGUCUUUGAGAUCACAGACCAAUAGCAAAGAUGGUUGGGAUGUUGAUUGGGAUGACUAAGCUCCUUGAACAGAACGUCAAAUGUACUUGUGAAGUGAGAAAGAAGAUAUACUUCCAUCUGAACAACUUGCAGGAAAGAAAGAUCCAACUAAACCUGUCACUGAAUUUUCUCAUGCUUGCCAAAGUGACCCAUAUCCUGGACGAGUGAAGGAUUGCCUCUCUUCAUACGGUUUGUACAAUAGUAUCCCAUUAUUACUUUUGCCUCUGAGCUGAUACACAAACCAUUAGCGGUACAAUUCUGAUUUUAUUUUCUGGUUGUAACACUAUAGCGCAGUUUCUUAGUAUAUGACCAAAACACACAUUUUGAUUCGUUGGAGGUAAUCAUUCUUUAUUGCACACA